AUGCAUCCUCAGUCAGUUCUUCACAGCGGCUACUUCCACCCCCUGCUCCGGAACUGGCAGACAGCCGCCACCAACCUCAGCGCCUCCAACCUCAUCUACCCCAUCUUUGUCACGGAUGUUCCUGAUGACAAACAGCCCAUCGCCAGCCUUCCAGGAGUGGCCAGGUACGGUGUGAACCGCCUGGAAGAGAUGCUGAAACCCCUGGUGGAAGAGGGCCUGCGCUGUGUCCUGAUCUUUGGUGUCCCCAGCAGAGUUCCCAAGGAUGAGCGGGGCUCCGCAGCCGACUCCGAGGACUCCCCGGCUAUCGAGGCCAUCCGUCUGUUGCGCAAGAAUUUCCCCAGCCUCCUUGUGGCCUGCGACGUCUGCCUGUGCCCCUACACCUCCCACGGUCACUGCGGGCUUCUGAGUGAGAACGGGUCAUUCCAAGCCGAGGAGAGCCGCCAGCGGCUGGCAGAGGUGGCUCUGGCCUAUGCCAAGGCAGGAUGUCAGGUGGUGGCCCCGUCAGACAUGAUGGACGGACGCGUGGAGGCCAUCAAGGGAGCGCUGAUGGCACAUGGAUUCGGCAACAGGGUAUCAGUGAUGAGCUAUAGUGCCAAAUUCGCUUCUUGUUUCUAUGGACCUUUCCGGGACGCGGCUCAGUCGAGCCCAGCCUUCGGAGAUCGCCGCUGCUACCAGCUGCCACCCGGGGCACGAGGCCUGGCCCUCCGCGCGGUGGACCGGGAUGUUCGGGAGGGAGCAGACUUGCUCAUGGUGAAGCCAGGAACACCCUACCUGGACAUCGUACGGGAGGUGAAGAACAAGCACCCUGAGCUCCCCCUGGCCGUGUACCAUGUUUCUGGAGAGUUCGCCAUGCUGUGGCACGGGGCCCAGGCCGGGGCAUUUGAUCUCAAGGCUGCUGUCCUAGAGGUCAUGACUGCCUUCCGCAGAGCAGGUGCCGAUGUCAUCAUCACCUACUACACGCCUCAGCUACUGCAGUGGCUGAAGGAGUGA